AUUGACUUCCGAAGUCCUCGAUGCGAGAGCCCACCAGACGAGACGGUCCACAUACGACGAUAAAAAUUCCCCAACGACUACGAAGAUUCUCCCGGCGCAGCGCCGUUCGACUUGGUUCGUCGAUGCUGCCAAUCAUAUGGACCCCGACGACGAUUUUACCAAGUCAAAGACAUGGUCCAACAAACAUGCACACCAACGGUCCCUCUCCGGCAAGACUUUUCCCGACACACCCCGAGCAGAACGCAGCUCCCCUGAAUCCGCGCCUAGGCCAUGAGGAGCCUCUGCCUUCGCUCCCGGACCACCUCCUCCUCCUCGCUCCCGCCGCCGUCGAGAACCCCCCGCGGGCUCUCCGGCUCGCUAACCGAGAGGAUCUUCGAGUCCUCCGCCGCGGCGAUCGCGAAGUGGGACCCGGAGUCGCCGUCCCCUCGCGCCAGGGUCGCCUCGGUCUUCCUCGAGGACAGAGCGGAGGCCCUGCGGUUCCUGCAAUGCGUCCACGACCUCCGCCAGGAAUUGAACUCGCUGGUGUCGGAGAGCCCCGGUUCCGAGAUGCUCUUGCUGGGACAGAGGUCGAUGCAGACUGCGAUGAAGAGGCUCCAGAAGGAGCUGUACCGCGCGCUCUCCGCGGAUGCAGCCUGCUCGGACCCCGAGUCCGUUUCCGCGAGACUGAGCGGCUCGGUUCGCAUGGACGACGGUGGCUCCGGCGGUGAAGGGUUGCCGCUGCCUCCGACGGCGAUGAUGGAUUUGAGAUCCAUUGUGGAGUGCAUGAUCUCUUCGGGCUACGCCAAGGAGUGCAUUGCCAUAUACACGGUCGUCCGGAAACUGAUUGUCGACAAGGCGAUUCGUCGUCUUGGGGUCGAGAAACUCAGCGUUUCGCAGGUGAACGCGAUGGAUUGGGAGGUUCUGGAGGUGAAGGUGAAGCUUUGGUUGGAUGCGGUGAAGGUGGCGAUGACGAGCCUCUUCACCGGAGAGCGAAUUCUCUGCGACCACUCUUUCUUUGCCUCCGAUUCCCUCGGCGAGUUGUGCUUCGCGGAAAUAUGCGGAGAUGGUGCCGCUCGUCUGUUUAAAUUCCCGGAAAUGAUCGCGAGGAGGACCAAGAAGUCGCCGGAGAAGAUAUUCUGCCUGCUCGACAUGUACGCGGCGAUCUCCGAGAACUGGCUGGAGAUCGAAUCGACGUUCGCGUUCGAUUCGACCGCCGGAGUCCGGUCGCAGGCUCUUGCGUCGCUCGUUCGGCUCGGCGAGUCGGUGCGUGCGAUGCUGACCGAGUUCAAGUCGACCAUCCACAAGGACUCCUCCAAAUCCGUCGUCGCGGGCGGAGGAGUCCACCGUUUGACGGUCUACACCAUGGACCACCUCUGCCGCCUCGCCGACUACGGCGACACCCUCGCCGACAUCGUCACCGAGUGGACGACGCCGGCGAAGCCUUCCCUGCCGGAAGAAUACUUCGAUGGAUCCGACUCCGACGACGAGGAGGCACCGGCACCGGCGAUCUCCCUGCAAGUGGCGUCACUGAUCCUCGUCCUCCUCUGCAAGCUCGACGGCAAGGCGGAGCACUACCGGGACGUCUCCGUCUCGUACCUGUUCCUCGCGAACAAUCUGCAGCACAUCAUAUCGAAGGCGCGAGCGUCGAACUUGCGGUACCUGCUCGGCGAGGAGUGGGUGGCGAGGCUCGUGAGGAAGCUGAGGCAGUUCGCCGAGAACCACGAGCGGAUCGCGUGGGGCGACGUGGCGGCGUCGCUGCCGGAGGACCCGAGGGCGGCGAUCUCGCCGGCGGAGGCGAGCGAGCGGUUCCGGCGGUUCAACGCGAGGUUCGAGGAGGCCUGCCGGCGGGAGGGCACGAGGGUCCCGGCGGACCCAAAGCUCCGAGAGGAGAUGAGGGCGUCGCUGGAGAGGAAGGUGGUGCGAGCGUACGGGGAGUUCUACGACGCGCACUGGCUCACCGUCGGCGGUGAAACCGGCGGGGCGAUGUCGAUCAAGUAUACCCCGGAAGACGUCGGGUAUUACCUGGCCAGCCUCUUUUCCGGAUCGCCGCAUUCAGGGAGCGAGUCGUCAUCGUCGUCGUCGCCGUCGCCGUCGCGGCCGUCGGCGGCAUUUUCGGCUGCUUCGCUGUCGCCGUCGCCUCGCUGGUGGAAUUCGAGGUCUCAUUGAGGAAAUCAUGCGCGACGUGGCAAUCGACGUGGACGCCACGUACUCGGUCAAAUGAUUUGCUCUAAGUAGUGGUGUGUGGUGUACGAUCUUUUUCGACACAGGAUAAGGGGCAGUUUCAUUUAGCACUGUAGAUAUUUUGACUUGUCCCGGUUGAUGUGUCCACCGAUUUUUCCUUUUUUUUUUGGAAAUUGCUACUAUCCCUCGUCGCUCAUAAAAUCAAAACUUCUUUUAUGGGUAUAUAUAUGGGUGAAAUUCGUGCUGCAA